AUGGAUAGUGCCGAAGUCCGUAGAACGUUUAUUGAUUUCUUCAAGAAUGAGAAGGACCACGUCUACUAUCAUUCCUCCAGUGUUAUUCCACAUGACGACCCAACUUUGCUUUUUGCCAAUGCUGGAAUGAACCAGGUAAAGCCUCCUUUAAAGGGGCUCCUUUAUGCUAUUGUCUUCAGUACAAACCAAUCUUCCAAGGAGUUGUUGAUCCCUCGAGCGAUUUGGCCAAAUUGAAGCGAGCUGUGAACACCCAGAAGUGUAUUAGAGCUGGUGGAAAGCACAAUGAUUUGGAUGAUGUAGGAAAAGAUGUUUACCAUCACACUUUUUUCGAGAUGUUGGGAAAUUGGUCUUUUGGAGAUUAUUUUAAGGUACGUUCCGCUUUUUAAAACUAUUUUCAAUGUUUAGAAAGAGGUUUGCAACUGGGCAUGGGAAUUGCUCACCAAAAAACUGAAGAUUGACGGGGACCGUCUCUAUGUCAGUUAUUUCGGUGGAGAUGAAGCUUCUGGACUUGAGCCCGACCUCGAAUGUAAGCAGAUCUGGCUGGACAUUGGGUAAGCUAGUUGUCAAAUCUAUCUAUGUCUUUAGUAUUCCCGAGAAUAGGAUUCUCCCUUUCUCAAUGAAGGAUAAUUUCUGGGAAAUGGGUAACGUUGGACCUUGUGGUCCCUGUUCAGAGAUCCAUUAUGACCGAAUUGGAGGUCGAGAUGCCUCCAGUCUGGUUAAUGCCGACGAUCCCAUGGUUGUGGAGAUCUGGAAUUUGGUGUUCAUUCAAUUCAACAGGGAAGAAGAUGGCUCUUUGAAGACUCUGCCAAACAAACACAUCGAUUGUGGUCUCGGAUUGGAAAGAUUGGUGGCUGUGAUGCAACAAAAGACGUCCAAUUAUGAUACCGAUUUGUUUACUCCAAUCUUUGAUGCUAUUGCACAGGUAAGGAAGUCCGUAUUUUGUAUGAAAUUUUGAUUUUUAGAAGACUGGAACGCGCGCUUAUACCGGUAAAGUUGGCGCCGAAGAUGCGGAUGGCGUUGAUAUGGCCUACCGAGUUGUGGCUGAUCAUGUGAGGACCUUGACUAUUGCCUUGAGCGAUGGCGGUCGUCCAGAUUCUACUGGAAGAGGGUGGGUUUGAAUUAAGCUUUGGAAAAAAUAUGUAUAAUGUAGUUAACUUCCUUUUAUUUUAUUUUAGAUAUGUAUUGCGUCGUAUAUUGCGUCGUGGUGUUCGUUACGCAACCGAAAAGCUGAAUGCCAAGCCCGGUUUCCUUGCCAGUUUGGUUCCUGUGGUCGUUUCCAUACUUGUAAGCCGUAUUUUAACUCAAAAAUUAUUUAACGUUUAGGGUGAAGUCUUCCCAGAAUUGAAGAAAGACCCAGAAACUGUCAUUGACAUCAUCAAUGACGAGGAAACUCAAUUCCUGAAGACGCUGAACAGAGGCCGGAUUUUAUUCUUGAAGGCAGUAAAAGAAUUGCCUCAGGGCGAAAAGAGAUUCCCCGGAUCGAUUGCCUGGAGAUUGUACGAUACGUAUGGAUUCCCUGUGGAUCUUACUCAGUUGAUGGCUGAAGAAAAGGGACUUGAAGUGGACUUGGAAGAGUAUGAAAAAGAGAAACAAAUCGCUUUGGAGAGAUCGGCUGGAGGUGUUGGACGAUUCCAAGAGACUGUCGAUUUGAAUGUGCAUGCCAUCGCUGAACUCCGAGAGAAGGGAGUUCCCACCACUGAUGACUCUUUCAAGUAUUUGUACAGGGAUGACGGGAAGAAGGGGCUCGAAGCCAAGUAUAUCUUUGAGAAAAUCAAGGGGAAAGUCCUCGCUCUGAGAAGAAAUGGAGAAUUUGUUCAGACUCUGGAGAAUGGAGAAGAUGGGGGUGUUAUUCUGGACAAGACCUGCUUCUAUGCCGAACAGGGAGGACAGAUCUACGACACGGGAUAUUUAACCCUUGGAGAUGACAAGGUGAGACACAAAGCGUUAUACUGACUUAGAUUUAGAGUACCUCGUUUAAAGUGGAGAAUGUCCAGGUUCGUGGUGGAUAUCUAUUGUUCAUUGGAACCUUGGAAGGAGAAUUGAAUGUUGGAGAUAUUGUUGAUCAAGAAUUUGAUGAGGUAAGAUCUUGUCCCAGUCGGUUUUAUUUAUGGUUUAGGAAAGAAGAUGGUUGAUUAUGAAAAAUCACACCGGAACUCAUGUUCUCAACUAUGCCCUGAGGAAGGAACUCCCUGAUGUUGAUCAGAAGGGGUCCCUGGUUGCUGAAGAUCGUAUGAGAUUCGAUUUCACCGCGAAACAAGGACUCAAAGUAGAGCAGGUUAAGAAGGUCGAGGAGGUUGCUCAGACCGUUAUCGAUACUCACAACACGGUAUACGCCAAAGAAUGCAGUUUGGCUCAAGCUAAAGAAAUUGAUGGAUUGCGAGCCGUUUUUGAUGAGGUGAGUAAAACUAUUCAGGUUCAUUUGAUUUGGAUACGGUGUUGGGAGACGUUUAUGUUUUGUAUUUUAGACCUACCCCGAUCCGGUCCGAGUAGUCUCAGUUGGAAUCCCAGUGGAAGAUCUCAUCUCCAACCCCAAAUCGGGUAAAGCCAACGAAACAUCUGUUGAAUUUUGUGGAGGAACGCAUCUGAAGAAUGUUGGUCACAUUGGAAAUUUGGUUAUCAGUAGUGAAGAAGCCGUGGCAAAGGGAAUCCGAAGAAUCGUUGCCUUGACUGGGCCAGCUGCUGUCUCCGCAAUCCAAAGAGCCAACAGAGCUGAGGAUCGAGUCACAAAGCUCUAUGAGAAGGUGAAGAAUGACCCCAAGAUCAUCGAAGACAAGGCCGUGUUCAAGAAGUUAAUCAAAGAAGCUAAUGAACUUGUGGAAGAGCUAAACCCAAUGUUGUUGCCCUACUGGAGAAAGGAUAAGAUCAGAAGUUUGGCAAAGGAAACUCAGAAGUUGUUGGACAGUUAUGACAGAAAAGCCAAGGCUGCCAUCGCCGAUAAAGUCGUCCAAGAAGCCAAGGAUAUCAACGAGAACAACAAGGAUAAGGUCUUGGUUCAUGUGUUCACAGAGGGUGCAAAUGGAAAAGUAAGCUUGAUAAUUCUUUUUGAAACAAGUUUAAUUUGCCGAAUUAAUUUAUCAUGUUUUUUUUUAAAUUCAGGCCUUGGAUGGAGCCCUGAAACAGCUGAAGAACCAUCAAGCAGUCAUCGCCUUCUCUGUCCAAGAUGAUAUUGGAAAGUUGGCUGUGAUUGCACGAGUUGAUAAAGAGCUGAAUAAGAAGGGAAUCAAGGCCAACGAAUGGGUCAACAAAAUCUGUGAAGUUGCUGGAGGAAGAGGUGGAGGAAAGGAUCUUCAAGCACAAGCAGUCUGUGAACGGGUUGAAAAGUUGGAUGAGGCCGUGGAAUUGGCCAAGAAACUGACUGCUGUUGCCUUGGAUUAA